GUGCGCUAGCCGCGCUUAAAGACCAAAAAGUCGACGGCGUACAUAAUAUUAAUAAGUAUUAAAAAAUACGAACCGCGUUAGUUUUUGUAUAGUAUACCUACUGUUGGGUAGGUAGAGUCGUAAUAGUGCCGCGACACAGGUGAAGAGGGGGCAGGUACACAUAAACAUACACACGUACACGCGGCAACGCUAAGGUGAGCAAACCCGUCUAGCGAGAAAAGGACCUCCGAGGUAGAGACGCGGGCCGAGGGGUAUUGUUCUGCAUGCUUACAACAGUGACCGCGUUUGAGAGAUUAGUCAUCAAGACAUCAAGGUCUUUGUGCCGGUCCACUCGAAUACCGGUUUUCGGGCGAGGUGUACUGCCGGACGCGGCAGUCGGUGUGUAUGUAUAAUUCGCAUCAUGUACUCUUCUGCUGUACCCGAGUCCAUACAUUGUUCGUCGCGUACACCUGUCGUCGUCGCCACCACCACCGCCACCAGAACGCACUGAAGAAGAUGCACCGUCGAGGGUAACCAUCAGACGUUGUUUGCCAUUCUCGGCUGUGGCAUCUCGUCCCGUGCAGGUGCCCGACGCGUCCCGUUUGUGUAAUUUUCAACGCGCCGGUAACGCUGAAAAUUUAACGUUAUGCCGUAACACCGUCACUAAAAACGUGUUCCAUAGCCGCGAGUGUUAGUGAUUUUACGCUUAUUACAAUAGUGACAGAACGAAUCGUAGUGUCCGAAUUCCGAAUAGACCGGCCAACGAUCAUGGAUACGGUAAGAGCUGGAAGUGCUCCGAAUCUGACGGCUUAUCUGGAAAUGGACAAGAUAAUCGGCACGCCGCCGAUUAGGACGGACAAAAAGCUCACUCAAAGUAUGUUAUGUAUCCAAGAAGAACUCGGCCACCUUAGCGUAAAGGAUAAAGAGCAAGUCAAAGAAAAUACUCUGGGAAAUGGCAAAUUAGAAGCUGGCGUGUUACAACCGAGCGGUUGGAUUGACGGCCUAUUGGGAUGCUUAAAGCCAAUGUGGGCAAUCAUUGGAAAAGGCAACAGCCAUGAUCUUAAAUCGUAUCAAGAUCUUUGGGAUAUUCCAUUUGAAUCAAUUAGUGACCUACAGUGGUUAGGUUCAGGAGCACAAGGAGCAGUGUUUAGUGGUAAAUUGAAGAAUGAAAUUGUAGCGGUAAAAAAAGUCCGCGAACAAAAAGAAACAGACAUUCGACACCUUAGGAAGCUCAAUCAUCCAAACAUAGUUCAAUUUAGGGGUGUAUGUACUCAAGCUCCAUGUUAUUGUAUAGUUAUGGAGUAUUGCCCUUAUGGGCCUCUUUAUAAUCUGCUUAGAGAUGGUGAAGAAAUUCCACCAGUACGUUUAGUGUCAUGGGCCAAACAAAUUGCUUCGGGUAUGCACUAUUUACAUGUGAACAAAAUCAUUCAUAGAGAUCUUAAAAGCCCAAAUGUCUUAAUUGGACGACAAGAAAUUGUGAAAAUCAGUGAUUUUGGUACCAGUCGAGAAUGGAAUGAAAUAAGCACUAAAAUGAGUUUUGCUGGUACAGUCGCAUGGAUGGCUCCAGAAAUCAUAAGAAAUGAACCUUGCUCUGAAAAAGUAGACAUUUGGUCGUAUGGUGUAGUGUUGUGGGAACUUAUGACCUGUGAAACACCGUACAAAGAUGUAGAUUCAUCAGCCAUAAUUUGGGGUGUUGGUAGUAAUUCAUUACAUCUACCUAUUCCUUCAUCAUGUCCAGAUGGCUUCCGUUUAUUAAUCAAACAAUGUUGGGCAGCUAAACCACGUAAUAGACCAUCUUUCAAGCACAUAAUGAUGCAUUUAGAUAUAGCUAGUUCUCAAGUACUGGCUAGCACACCCGAUGAAUAUUUCAAAACACAGGCUCAAUGGAAAGAAGAAAUCCGAAUUCAUAUGUUGCAAAUGCAAACCAAUGGGAGCCAUAUACCGAAAUUUGAAGAAGAUCUAAUUAAAAAAAGAAAAAAUGAAUUAAAACAUGCGCAAGAUAUUAGGGAGCAUUAUGAAAGGAAAUUGGAAAGGGCCAACAAUCUCUAUAUGGAGCUUAGUGCAGUAUUAUUGCAAUUGGAACAACGAGAACGAGAUUUGAUUAGAAGAGAAAAACAAAUGUCUAAAGUCUACAAAAAAAGGUUGAUAAGACCACUGUUAAAAGCUCAAGAUAGAUUGAACAAACAAGACAAGUCUAGUUUAUCUACAACUACAUCACCUUCAUCUCCAGAAAGAGUUUUUCAAGAAUAUGAUAAUAAAUUGCCACCAAAAGCAACACUUUAUGCACAAGUAUGUGGUAGUUCAAAUCAACCAGAAUCGAUUGCUGUUGCUCCAAAACAAACUCAACGAAAAACUCGUCCUAGAAAAGCUCAGGUCAUAUGCUCAAUUGUCAAAAACAAUAAGUGUGAUAACACAAAGGAAUUCAAUUGGAAUACCUCUCGACAAAUAAGUAGCAAUAAGGUUAAUAGUGAAACACAAACUGAAACUAUUGAUUCGGGUCUCCACCAAGACAUACUCAAUGGUAAUAUGUCUGACUCCGCUCAUUCACAAGGCGAAGAUAGUUCCUGCAGUAGUGGCGUGAGAUUAAGUGACGAUGAGCAUUUAGAUAGGCUGGGCAGACAAGUAAACGAAAUACUGAACAAUAACCGGCCAUCAAAUUUGAGUGAUCUAUCAGACUACUACCAAGAGACCGAAUCAAAUUCAAAUAAUUUUAAUUUAAGAAGAAAAAGUGCUGGUAGACGUCCCAUUGGUCCUGGUUUACGAGUACGUCGCUACAGGACAGCACAAUAUUGUCAAGAGCUUAAUGGAAAUUCGCUUGUAUCUAACCAAAUAUCAGAAAAAUAUAACACCCGAAAGGCAGACAGUUCAACAUCAGAUUCAGAUAUGAAAGAUAUUGAUUUAGAUUCUAGUUUUAGUAAUGUGUCUAAUCAAUUCCCUGUUUAAUACUAUGUAUACAAUUUAUCUGUAGUACAACAGUUGCGACUUCUAAACUAAUUAUUUUAUAAUCAUCCAAUAGUAUCAACAUAAAUUUAAAAUAAAAUAAAAAUAAUAAUUAAAACUAUCCGCCAUAGAAGUUUUAAUUAAUUAAUAUUAUAUUGAUUAUUUACAGACAUUAUGGCUUUUUUUUAUUACAAAAAAUGUUAACAAUUUAAUCUUAUUUACUUAAAUCAAUAUUUUUUUGUUUUGUCUUAAAAUUAUUUGAACUUAUAAUUUUUUGAACUUUUUUAUAAUAGUAUUUCUAAUGAAAUAAAAAUUGUCAGGUAUAUGCGAUGCAUUUUUGAUACUUAGAAGUUAAAUGUUACAAAACAUAAUCGAAAAUAACAGCAUUUAAAAGGCCUGUAUAAUUUACAUUAAAAAUUACUUAUAAAAAACUAUUCCAUCCACUGCUGACACAAAUAUUCCCUACUCAAAUUUGCAUAUUAUAUUUAAAUAUAUUUCACCCAAAUGAUGUCAAGGAAAUUAGAAAUUUAAUUCAACCAACAGCUCAUUGUGCGUAUUAAGAGCAAUUCAAUGUUUCGACGUAGUCAUAUUUUAAACUGUACUGAACAUAGUGGUAGUAGCUUAACAAUUUACAUGAGCAAUAAUUAUUGAUCUCUUAUGCUAUUAAAUUGUGAUGUAAAUUAAUCUGUAAUCAUACAUGUUGUGUAUUGUAGACUGACCUUAUAUUAAGGUAAAUUAUUUAGAAAAAUACUAUAUUAUAAUAUAAACAAUUAUUUGGGCUUUGUCUCUUUAUUUUGUACGCUGU